CCCAUCUCAAAGCCUCACUAUCUGUCUUAUUUAAUAACAACCCUCCAGCGAGUUAUGCUUUUUACUGACUAAUUAAAAUCUUCGGAUAAGCCCCAAACUUUAUCAUAUUUGCAUGUACACCCCCGGAUUCCCAAUAAGCUGGUGCGACGACUCUCAGCCGCGAAACCCUAAACAUUCAUCUUUUUUUAUUCCCAGGAGAGAUAUUCAUUCAUAAUCAGUAUCAGCCCCCCGAUUCCUUCUCUCGAUCGCCGAUGUCGAAAAGAAUCCUUUGUAAAUUCUUUGCUCACGGUGCAUGCUUGAAAGGGGAGCACUGUGAAUUUUCGCAUGACUGGAAGGAUCCUACAAAUAAUAUUUGCACCUACUACCAGAGAGGAAUCUGCUCUUAUGGAAGUCGAUGCAGGUACGAACAUGUCAAAGCUUCUCGGCCCCAUCCAUCGGCUUCAUCUUCGUCCCCUGUGCCUCUGUCAUCUCCUGCUUCAGCUUCCAAUCCUCUUGCCCGUGUUUUUCUUCCUGGUGUAUCUGAAAGAGAUUUGAGCCCAGUUCCCUCUUCAUGUUUAAAACCAACGUGGAAUUUGGAUUCUUUUCACCAGGAUUCCUUAGACUCCUUAGACGAGGUCAACACUUUUAACCCCGGUACAGUCAAACCUGAAGAACAACCCAUUUGCUCAUUUGCUGCAGCUGGUGAUUGCCCACGUGGGGAUGAAUGCCCUCACAUCCAUGGAAAUAUUUGCCCAACUUGUGGGAAAUGUUGCUUGCAUCCUUUCAGACCCGAGGAGAGAGAGGAGCACAAGAAAGUAUGUGAAAAAAAGCAGAAGCAGCUUGAAGCAUUAAAAAUUAGUCAAGAGAUCGAGUGUUGUGUCUGUUUGGAACGUGUAUUGUCUAAGGCAACUCCAGCUGAACGGAAGUUCGGGUUACUCACUGAAUGUGAUCAUGCUUUCUGCAUAGCAUGUAUCAGGAAUUGGCGGAGCAGUUCUCCUUCCACUGGGAUGGAUGUCAAUAGCACACUACGGGCUUGCCCCAUAUGCCGCAAGUUAUCUUAUUUUGUUGUUCCUAGUGUGAUCUGGUUUUCAGCUCCAGAAGAGAAAAAAGAAAUUAUGGAUAACUACAGGGAAAAGCUCAGGUCAAUCGAUUGUAAACACUUCAGUUUUGGAGAUGGGAAUUGUCCGUUCGGGACAAGUUGCUUCUACAAGCACACAGUGAAGCCAGGUUCAUAUGCAUGGAAAUACCACAGGCUACCUCCGAGGCGUUCUCGUCCCUCUGGAACUAACUUCUCAGACGUGGAUACACUUGUAAAUAUGAUCGGGAAUAUAAUUUCAGAAGGCGAAUAUGGUCCUAUUGGGUUUGAAGAUACGGACGAUGAUGAACUGACUACAACGGAUAUGAUGAUGUUACUGAUGCACAUGGAUAUAGAAUCUGAGGACUCGUCCAAUGAGGAUAGCUAUUAGCUACUCAUAUCAAAGUUAGUUAACUAAAGCGAGAGUCUUAGGUUAUAUAGCUAUAAUAUGGUGUUGGGAGGUUGUGGUAGUUUUUGUCUUUUGGGUGAAGUAUAAUUUGACUAUUUUCCUCUUGGAAUGUAUAUUUGAUGGUGUUAUGCACCUCUAAAAUUCAAAGGGGGGUUGUGGGUGUGA